AUGGCGAGCCCAGUCCACUCUGAGAAGAGCCCAGUUGCCUUCGUCGGGAAUCCGCCGCCAAUGGGCAGUAGCACCCAGCCAGAAGCACGCCAGGCUCCACGGAAUCCGAGCUAUAGCAUGCCCCACGGCUUCGACAAGCUUCUGCACCACGAACCAGAGUCGUCACCAGACCCCCCACCACGCCGCACAUCCACCCAAUCUCGGUACCACCUUCACGUACGCCAGCAGCCCAUCGCAGCACGCGCCUGCGGCGCCGGUGACAGAGAUAGACGCCCCGUCGACCCACCCCCAAUAGUCCAGAUCCUCCUCACAGACUUCGACCCAGAGUCCCAAGACGACAGUGACAUCUUACAAGACCCGCGCUUCACAGUAGGCUGCCUGCUCUUCCCUGUCUCCGACUCAACAGGCUGGAGCCAGGCAGAAGCCGAGCCCAGCCAGCCCGCCGAACGCGAACGAGAGCGAGAACGCGAACCCGACGGCGUCGCCCGCGCAGACGACUCCUUCUCCACACCCCUCCUAUCCGGCAAAGCGUUCAUGUCCCCCUUCUUCGUCGACGCAGACCCAGACCCCAACUCCGCGCCCAACCAUCCCUCCGCCGAAGAACUGUACCCACUAAGCAGCCCUCGCUCCCCAUCCCGCGCUCCCCAAGCCCUCCGCAACGCCUCGAAACUCAACCAGCCUGCGACGUUCUUCAUCUUUGCGGAUCUGUCUAUUCGUUCAGCAGGACUGUAUAGACUCCAGUUCCGGCUGAUGAAUUGGGGCUCUGUUGAGGAUACGGGUCAGUCGAUGCCUAUUCUGGCGGAGGCGUGGUCUGAUCCGUUUCGGGUCUAUCCGGCAAAGGAUUUUCCUGGAAUGCGGGAUUCAUCUAUUCUGGCCGAGGGUUUGAAGGAGCUUGGUUUUGUGGAGUUGAAAACGAGGGGGAAGGGCAAGGGCAAGGGAAGGAAGAGGGUUUGA